ACAGGUUAGUGACGUGGAUAGUCUCAAAUUCAAGAAAAGAGAGCCUUAGAAAAGGAUAGAUGGAUUUUCGUCUGUAUGGCCAGAGACAGACAGAGAGGUUCUUUAGUUUAAGGACAAUGGCUUCUUAUUGAUCAGUCCAAGUCUAUCCUUAGAGAGCUCCCGAAAUGACAUUCUCUGUCUUCCCCAACCGAUCCCACUUUCUCUCCUUCAACUCUGAAUCCCCUCCUACUCUCAAGAAACCAGUUUUCGCGCGAACAACCUCCAGCGCUCAAAGCCCCUCUUCCGUCGGCUCUCUCCUUGUCAAUGAUUACAAACCCUUCCCAGGGAAGCCAGAGGCCGAUGUUGUUGUUAUUGGGAGUGGUAUUGGUGGGCUUUGUUGUGCAGGACUUCUAGCUAGAUACGAGCAGGAUGUUCUUGUAUUGGAAAGUCAUGAUCGCCCUGGGGGUGCUGCUCAUUCUUUUGAGAUAAAAGGCUAUAAGUUUGAUUCUGGUCCAUCAUUGUUUUCUGGUUUUCAAUCAAGAGGUCCUCAGGCAAAUCCCCUUGCACAGGUUCUGGAUGCUCUGGGUGAAUCAAUUCCAUGUGUGAAUUAUGACUCUUGGAUGGUUUACGUACCUGAAGGUGAAUUCCUGUCACGCAUCGGCCCCACAGAAUUUUACAAGGACCUUGAGAAGUAUGCAGGUCCCAAUGCAGUGCAAGAGUGGAAAAAGCUUCUUGAUGCGAUACUUCCACUUUCUUCUGCUGCAAUGGCUCUUCCUCCUUUAUCUAUUCGAGGUGAUUUUGGUGUUCUUUCCACCGCUGCAGCUAGAUAUGCACCCUCUCUAUUGAAAUCCUUUCUGCAGAUGGGACCUCAGGGAGCUUUAGGUGCUACAAAGCUUCUUAGGCCUUUCUCAGAAAUCAUUGACUCAUUGGAGCUGAAAGACCCUUUUAUAAGAAACUGGGUGGACCUUCUGGCAUUCCUUCUUGCAGGGGUGAAAUCUAAUGGUAUACUCUCAGCAGAGAUGAUUUACAUGUUUGCAGAAUGGUAUAAGCCAGGCUGCAGUCUUGAGUACCCUCUUCAUGGAACUGGGGCCUUAGUUGAUGCCCUUGUCAGAGGACUGGAAAAGUUUGGUGGACGGCUUUCUCUAAGAAGUCAUGUAGAAGAGAUUGUUGUCGAAAACAAUAGAGCCACUGGAGUCAAGCUAAGAAGCGGUCAAUUUAUACGUGCUAAAAAGGCUGUAAUCAGCAAUGCAUCUAUGUGGGACACUUCAAAUCUGGUGCCCAAGGAAGUUCUUCCAAAGUCUUAUCUGGACAGGAUCAACACAACACCUCAGUGUGAAUCAUUCAUGCAUCUCCAUUUGGGUUUUGAUGCAGAGUUUUCAAAUUGCUUUACUGAUCAGUGUAUAAAAAAAGACUUGGGGAUUCAUCACAUCGUUGUUAAUGAUUGGAGUGGAGGAGUCGAUGCAGAUCAAAAUGUUGUCUUGAUAUCUGUUCCUAGCGUGCUUAGUCCAGAUUUAGCACCCCCUGGAAAACAUCUAUUACACGCUUACACACCAGGAACUGAGCCUUUUGAAUUGUGGGAAGGACUCGAUCGUAGAAGUGCCAAGUACAAACAACUCAAAGCUGAGCGGUCAGAGGUUAUGUGGAGGGCGGUGGAGCGUGCCCUUGGUCCAGGCUUCAGCCGCGAGAAAUGCGAGGUGAAGUUAGUUGGAACUCCAUUGACACAUAAGAGAUUUCUUCGAAGGAACAGAGGAACUUACGGACCAGCUAUUGAAGCUGGGAAAAAUACCUUUCCUGGCCAUUCAACUCCCAUAUCCCAGCUUUAUUGUUGUGGAGAUUCUACUUUUCCUGGCAUUGGAGUCCCAGCAGUUGCUGCUAGUGGCGCCAUUGUUGCUAACUCACUAGUUUCCGUGUCUCAACAUUCCCAGCUUCUCGACGCAAUUGGGAUUUAAAUGCUUUGGUACUCAUGCAAGCACUCACAUCAAUGCACGCAUGGAGAGAGGAGGAGGGGUUGGUUACUCAAGAGCACAAUUGCCCCUUGAAGGUGACUCUGUGGGAUCUAUUCAAAAGUCUUAAAAGUUGGUGUUAAAAGCUUGCCUAGACAUGAUGUUGUCUUUUUAGCCCCAUCUAAUUAUUAAAAUCCUUGUGCUUUUCCACUUCACAUUUUAUCAUAUCAUUACUGCCCCACUAGGUUUUGAAUACUAUGGAACUGUAAAUGAAUGGAGGACCCUCCCAGUUCUCCCACUCAUGACAAGGACGAAAGAAAGAAAAAAAAACUUGUGCGCUUUAGGCUCCAAAGUCCAACCAGUAAUGCACAUGAAGCAGACAAAUAAGAAAGGUAAAAGAGGCAGGCGAUAUUCAACGGGAGUGCUCAUGUCUCCAUUGACGCUAACGACAGAUCAUGAGAUAAAAGGUCUGUAAAAAUAUUAAUUAAUCCUGUUAUUGUUUUUGAGUUGUAUCUUGUUGGUAUUUUAAAGUAGAAGGGAUCUAUUAUUUCAAGAUCAAAACAAGAACAUGUUAUCUUUUAAUCUUUA